AUGCCUUUUUUAGUAUCAGAUAUUAAAUCUUUACAAGAUGAAUUACAAGAAUACUUGGUGGAUAUCCAGAUUUUGUCAAAUAAUAAAAACAACAAUGAUGACCCUAUAUUUGACUUCGAGCAAGAUUUAUAUGAGCAAGCCUUAGAAACUGGUGGUGAAUUUAUUAAAGAAAUUCCUUCAGUUAAAGCAAAACCAAUUACAUCAUGUGUUAUAAUCAAUAAUAAUCAUAAGAAGAUACAUCACUGUAAUGAAACUAGUACUAAAAGUGUAAGAGAACUACUUGGUGUAUGA